CGCUCGCCGCUCGCCAGUCCAUCCAAGUAGAACUGACGCCCACGCCCACGUCGUUCUAGCCAAGUCAAUAUGGAAACCAUCUCGACUGUCGCGCCCGCGCCCUCCACCACCUCCAUCAUUUCUUUGGACACCGCAUCACACACCUUGAAAAUGGAAGACUUCCAUCAGGCAUCGACAUCACCAGCGCCGUCAGACACCAUGACCGCAAAAUACCAGUCAUCGUCACCGCCGCCGCGUGUCAUUGAAGUCCAAUCAAGACCGGCGAAGAAGCGGAAAUCAUGGGGCCAAGAACUCCCUGAACCCAAAACCACACUCCCUCCCAGGAAGCGGGCCAAGACCGAGGACGAGAAAGAGCAGCGCCGAAUUGAACGCAUCAAGCGCAACCGGGCAGCAGCUCACAACUCGAGAGAGCGAAAGCGUCAGGAAACUGAGGUUCUCGCUGUCGCCCUCGCCAAGGCGAACGCCGAACUCGAAGCCUACCGCAGACUCCACGGACCACUCCCAGAAGGCACUGUCCUUCCAGAAGUCAAGCUCGUCACUGAGGCGACCGACGUCGUCGCCGCCGCAGAUACACCUGCGCCAUCGCUCGUCGAGUCCCACGGCUCACAAGCAGAUGUGCCAAGCCCCGGCUCUCCGGCUGACGACAUCUUCCAUCUCCAACAACAACCCCUCAUCAAGCAAGAGCAACCUCUCGAUAAUUGGCUCGAGCUUCCACAAGCAUUUGACAACCUUGACGAGAAGUCGUCUGUGUUCACGUCGCUUGGGCAGACACAAGAUUCUGCAGAAAUCUUGUGUGACUUGCAGUGUCCGCCCAGCAGCAAGAACCACAGUUCGACUUCUCUGCUCACUCAAUGUUUGGCCACCCUACUACUCGCCAUGCUGAAUUCCUACCUCCGACAAUGUCAACUCAGCAUUUUGAUGGCUCUAUGGACCGAUUCGCCUUCACGGAUGGAGGCUCUGAUCCGUCUCUCCAAGACUCGCUCUUCUCUUUCGACUCUCUCAUCGAGGACGCCGCGUUCGCGGUCGACACAUAGGCGUCAGGCGCGGCAUACAGCUGCGACGGUCUGUGCGUCCCGCAACAUUGGUGUCUACCGAUUAGAGACGGAGAUUGAAGACGGGGCCGCGAGAGACGCACAGGCCGGCCAGACACAGGCGUUACAGGAAAAAGGGGCAUCAACGGAUAUGGCGUAUGAUUUGGGGUAUAAGGAUGACGAUGGCGAUGGCGUUGGUGGGACGGAACUCACUUGACUGAGUUGUGUAUUACCUUGGGACUCCGGGAUACUAGAUAUUCUUGAACAGUCUUUGUAUCACUAUACUCUC